UAGUUGGUUCAAUUCGACUACGAGUACGAGCCCUAAAAUCGUCGCGUGCGCCAACCUCUGCAGACAGACCGAAGCGCGUCAUGAUCGCGGCCGCCAGGUCGAUCCUCCUCUCGCCUUCACUCCGGGGCGCCGCCUCGAGGGCCGGAUCGGCGCGGCCUUCCCUUCUUCGGUCCGUCCCGAAGCAGAGGCGGCCCUUUGCGGCGCUCCGCUUCUUCAGGUCUCCUGUCGAGGCGAGCUUCUGUGUGGAAACGAUGCUGCCGAUGCACAGUGUCACGGCUUCCGCGUUGAUGACGUCGAUGCUCGCGAUUUCGCGCAGGGGUUGUGGGUGGCUGUCGGAAGCUAGCAAUGAGGAUGUAUGACGGUUGACAAGCAGAUUGAAGCUGUACUUUGGUCAAAAAAUACCAAUACCGUUAGACGAAGUUAGCUUUGAUUAUGGAAGGAGGAUAGAUUGCAAAACUUGUGAGACAUCAGAUAGACAGAUGAUCCAAAUAUUCAAUUGUUUUCCCCUGCAUUCAUUUCUCAAUAUAAUGUCACAGUUCAUUUCUGAGCAUCAGUCUUAUGUUGGUGGAAGUUGUUCGAAAGGUUACUUCUGAUGUUAUUUAUCCAUUUUUCUUGGUUAGCCAAAUCUUGUAUCACAAGAUGUUGCGAUACUUGGUUUUGUAUUUGCUUAUUAAAUUAUAGCUCGUCAAAUUAAAGGCAAA